AUUCUCCUACUAAUGAAUUGAACCUUGAAAUCUUCCCCCUAUUCAUUGGAAAACUUCCAGCCUCCUAGCUGUCUAUCAGAACUUCCAUCCUUUGCAAACGAAGCUUCCCAAUCAUCAAAAAUCUAAAAUGACUACCCACCGCGCCGAUGAAAAGCGUUUCCUCGACGAACGUGGCAAUACUGGCCCCCUUGCUCCCAACGGUCUCAAUCCCGCCACUAUCCUCGAGAAACCUGUUCGCGAACGCAUUGUGGAUUGCUAUUUCUGGAAAGACCAAUGUUUUGCUCUCAAUGAAGCUGAUAUCGUAUCGCGCGUUGUUUCCCAUGUAACGUUUAUCGCCGGCACAUACGGGGAUUCGCAGCGGCCGUCGCCGUUUUUAUGCCUCGCCUUUAAAUUAUUACAACUAGGGCCCAGUGAUGACAUAUUGCAGGAAUACAUGGGAUACGGGGGGAAGAAGUUCAAGUAUUUGAGAGCAUUAGCAUUGUUUUACUGGAGGAUGACAAGACAGGCUAAAGAUGUCUUCAUGGUCUUGGAAGGUUAUUUGGACGAUAGGAGAAAACUGAGAAGAAAGACAAGGACGGGGACAACGUUGACGUUCAUGGAUCAAUUCGUGGACGAUUUGUUAACGAAGGAUAGGGUGUGUGGCACGACGUUGUGGAAGAUGCCGAAGAGGGAGAUACUGGAGGACCUGGAGGUGUUGGAGCCGAGGAUCAGUCCUUUGGGAGAUAUUGAGGACCUGUUAGAUGAGAGUGAGGGUGAGGUUGAGGUGGUGAAGAACGGUGCAGGAUCAGGCAGUGUGGGUAGUCCUGGGGAGGAAUUCGGGGAGGAAGCUGUAGAAGAAGAGGAGAAAAUGGAUGUAGUCGCGUCAAAUGAAGCUUCUCCUAACAGGCAAGAUAGCCUGUGAUGGUGACAGAACUUUUCCCCUGGAGUUUGGUGCAUGUUGGAUCUCGGAGAUUUUAUACCCAGGAA